AUGCGAAUAGGAAGAUGGACAGCAGAUGGUUGUACGACAAAUCCAACGCUUCCAAUGUUCCGUAAUGGAACUUUCACCACGAUUGAUGAGUGUGCCUUCACUCAGUUGCCCAACGCCUGUCUUUCUGGACUUGUAAGGCGAUUACGGCAGUUGAUGCGUCCUGCAGCUUUGAGAAGAUUGGCGUUGGUGAAGACUGUCCUGGCGUUGAAGGCAGAUUAUGAGACAAUCUCCACGGCUAGUUGCUGA